AUGACAUCCACAAAUUCAGAUACAAGCUCCACAUUAUCCGCACAAACAAUCGCAGGAAUCGUCAUUGGAGUCGUCGCAGGCGUAGCCAUGGUCGCAGCUGCAUGCAUCUAUUUGCAGCGCUGGAGGAGAAGCAGAGGAAGGUUCACGAGGCUUCGCAAGGGGAUGAGGGUGGCAGAUCCUGAAGAAGAAUUCAUGUCGCGCGGAUCGAGCAUCAGCUUUCCGAGUCGGCGUACAGGGUACGGGCACGGGCAACAACCAUCCGUAUCUCUCGAGCCCCUCCUACUUUCCCCGCCCCACACAUCCCAAGACAUCCCAGUCGUCCCAAUCCCACCCGACUGGUCUUAUCUCCCUCCCGCCCUCCCCAACACCCCAACAGAUCCCAGCUAUCUCACCCUCUACGACACAGAAGACCCAUUCGCCCGCAUCCAAAGAGCAAUACUCCCAACACAUCAUAUACCGGUUGCAGUGUCUUCCGCGUCACGCAGGGUAUCGCACGAGGUACCGGCUAAUCAGUUCUCCAAUGCCAAGACUCCUGGGGCAAAUUCCCCGCUUUUCAUCAAUCGCACACUCACUCGUCCCUCGGGUCCGGACUUUUUCUCACCUCGGACACCCACUUCCUCGUUUUCGUCGGCAGAUCCUUCCCAUAUCCAAUCCAUACCGUCUCCAUCUCGAGUCGGAGAUGACGCCGUUCAUACAUUCGCAAACACAGAUGCAGACGCAAACAGAGGGUCGCCCAAACCACAAAUACCUGCCCUCAGUCCCCUGACCGAGAAAACCAAAACCAUCCUGAGCGAAAUCGACGCCAACAGCCCCGAAUCCAUCUAUUCACAAGAAUCCGCACAACACCCCUCCCACCCCCCAGAACCCCAGCUCCCCACACAACCCCAACCCCCACCACAAUCACCAAGGAGGGGCAGAACGUCCCAGAGAUAUUCAAAGAAGCUGAAAUCACCAGAACUAAGCCCCGUGCUUGAAGCUUCCUCAUCAGCGAGUGGGCAUGGGCAUGGGAAUAACGUCUCAGAACUCGAUAAACAGCCGUCCCGCACGUUCUCGGAACUCGAUAGAUCGUCGUCUCUCUCUGUCGCGCUCUCGCAUGGCGCAUCCUCCACCACCCCCGAAGGCACCUCCACCUCCUUACCCCUACCCCUACCCCUCCUUUCCUCCACCAACGCAUUCGGAAAAACCGGUUCUGGUUCUGGUUCUUCAGCAUCGACAGCGACGCUAUCCCCCGCGAGCAGCCGAGCGACGAGGUAUCCCUCAUUAGCGAAUUCCACCUCAACACCGUCCUCGUCCAACUCAAAUCCCCAUCCCCAUCCCCAUCCUCACUCUGAUCCAGCUGCAGAGUGGCACCGUCCACCAGCAGGCCUCGGCGCGCUCAAACAUCUCCAGUUGGACCUUCCAAGUCCAAAUCUGCAAUUCGACCUUCCAAACCCACACUCGGACCUCCUCCCAAACCCACACUCGCACCCAACACCAACAUCAACACCGAAGACGCCAACACUACCCCAACCACUACUCAUAGCCGACAAGAAAUGGAAACGUGAAGAACCGCUCCACACACAAGCUCGCCUACGUGCGCACUCACCAGGAUGUGUCCCGGAGGUCGAGCAAAGAUCGAUGCCGAUAGUACAAUGUGGGAUUGCGAGUAUUGAUGUGACAUUGUGGAUGGAUAGGUGGAUGGAUACAUUAUGA